AUGGCCGACACCGCUGGCCUGAACCCCGGCGGUCCCGUCGCCGAGGACAACAUUAUCAAUCGCCGCGGCAAUGAGGGUAUUUAUCAGAGCUGUGUUAACCUCAAAAGGCGACUUGCAGAAGUCCCCAACUUUGAGCCAUACCUACGAGAGGUGGAAGAAGAAGAUCUAGCACAGGGAAACUCCGAUCCCGUCGCCUCACUAUGGAAUUUCCUCCGACAAGGGUACCCCCUGUUGGCUAUCUACAACGCUUCCGACCCCGGCGCACCCCUCGAAGUUGACACCACAAAGGUUCCCGAAGCCAGACGACCAAAGGCCGCUACAUUUAAAUUCCUCCAAGCCGCAAUACAAGAGAUGGCGUUUCCACAACAGGAUUGUUUCCUCAUCACAGAUCUGUACGGCGAGAACACGAUCGGUUUCACCAAGGUAAUAAAGAUGGUAAAUCGGGUCUUAGACAUCCUGGAGAUUCAAGGCCAAUUAAAGAAACCGUCCGAUACUGCCAUGGCUGCGCCUGCAGCAGGAAGGAAGCUCACUAAGAGAGAACACAUUUUGAAGGAGUUGUUAGAAACAGAGCGCGACUACGUUCACCAUCUCCAAAAUCUGCAAGCGCUCAAAAAAGAGCUGGAGGACACCGGCGCUCUCACCGGUGAUGCUAGUCAUCAGAUCUUCUUGAAUCUAAACAACUUGCUCGAUUUCUCCCAGCGAUUCCUUAUCAGACUCGAGCAACACUAUGCUCGACCAGAGGAAAAGCAGAAUUGGGGUGAAUUGUUCAUCCAACAUGAGGAAGCUUUCCGUCAGUACGAGCCGUUUAUUGCGAACCAAAUGCGCUGUGAUAAGACCUGUCAGAAGGAAUGGGAAAAGAUCCGGAACGCGCCACGCUCUAUUGAUCUCCAGCAGAUGGUCGCGCAACCAGCCACACUCAACGGCUUUUUUGUGAAGCCUUUUCAGCGUUUGACCAAGUAUCCUCUGAUGCUUUCGGAAUUACGCAAACAGAUUGAGGACCCCGACCUUCAAGCCGAUAUCAAACGCGCCAUCGAUGCCAUUCAGUCCGUACUAGACGCCGCCAACGAUGCCAUUGACAAGGAACAACUAGCGGCAGCAUUUCUUGAAUUGGACGAACGUGUUGAUGACUGGAAAGCCCUAAAGAUUGAAUCGUUCGGCGAACUACUCCGUUUUGGUACCUUUACGGUAAUCAAGAACGACAACAACAAGGAUUCAGAGAGAGAGUACCACAUUUAUCUUUUUGAGCGAAUCCUGCUUUGUUGCAAGGAUAUAAACCCCAACAAGCAGAAAUCAAGAUUGGUCGGCGGCAGCAAAGAUAAGCCGAGUACUGCUAAGGGCAAGCCACGGCUCGUGCUCAAAGGUCGCAUCUACAUGGCAAAUGUGACCGAUAUCGUCUGGCUACAAAAACCAGGCUCUUAUCGUAUUCAGAUCUUCUGGAAAGGAGACCCUGGGGUAGUGGAUAACUUUGUUAUUCGCUAUUCGAAUGAGGACAUGAUGCGUAAAUGGUACAAGGAUAUUAACACGCAGCGAGAAAUACAGGCGGAGCAACGCAGUGCGCGCAAUACUGGUACAUCCGAUUCCGAAUUCACCUACAUGAAAUCUUUAAACAUCUCGAACCCUUUCCAGCAGGAGUAUGAUGCCGAAGAACAGGCCACGAAAGAAGCAGCCUUCUUCUCCGAGUUUCCCAUGAGUCGCAAUGCUUCAAGCACAAGUCUUCGGACCCGAUCUGCGACAGGUGGAAGCGGCGGCUCUGGUCCUCCGCUUUCCACUAACCGGGGCCCUGGCCGUUACCCAGCAAUGCCCGACUCGACUUUAUCCGUACACACGCAGUUCCCUGUUGGGAGUAUGUCGCCAGGUGAACGAAACGGCAACUCAUAUUUCUCGCCCACGGAAUCCGCCAGGUCGAGCUCACAAUCAGCGGGGUAUCCCUACAAUCGUCAACUAACCCCGGUCACCCCAUGGGCGGAAGACAACAAUCGAUACACGGCUCCUGCUUUGUCUCGUGCAACAUCUAGGGAUGGUCCGAACUCGGGCUACUUUAAUGGCGCACCACCCAAUGGGCGGAGUGCUCAACGUCCCUCUCUGCCUCCAAUGUCAGCUAGUAGCCAAGCAGCGAACAGCGCGUCGCAGAGAAUGCGGUCUGCGAGCAGCCCGGAUAUCCACCAUCACAAUCCUGAAAUGCGUCGGUACAUGGGUGCUCACACCAUGCAGACGGUUGACAAUGUGCCCGUCCCUCCAAUUCCUGCUCAUAUGGCCAGCAUGAAAGCGCCGGUCAGUCGGAGCCAAAACAACUCUCCAAUAAACCACAACCUUCCUAUCCGAACCAAUCACCCUCAUGCCUUCCAUGAGCCUCAAUAUUCUGACGGGCAGCCGGGCGCACCCCCUUCGGAUCAGCCAACAUCUCCGUUAAGCCACGAACCUGAGGAGGAGCCGUUCAUGCCGACGCAAUUGAAGGCCAAAGUCAACUUUGACGAAAAUUAUGUGACACUGGUUAUUUCCAGCAACAUCAUGUUCCGUACGCUCACCGAUCGCGUUGACGCCAAACUCGCGAGAUUUACCAAUCGCUCAAUCGGCAGCAAAACGGUCCGACUACGUUACCAAGACGAGGACGGCGACUUUGUGACGAUCGAUAGUGAUGAGGCCGUCCAACUUGCAUUUAUGGAGUGGAAGGAGCAAAAUCGCGAGGACCUUGCACGAGGUCAAGUGGGUGAGAUCCAACUUUGGUGUCAACCGGUCGAGAACUAG